GAGUUUCUCAGUUUGCCGCAAGUCAAAUGUUUAUUAGACUUAGGCUGUUUCUAAAGGUGGCAGUUUGUGUAGGCGUGCUUACGCAACAGGUUACGCCCCUCAGGUGUUGUGCUCUUUGUGCGCAUGAAUUACUUUCUUCCUUUGGGAUUUGAGUUUACAGAGAGAUACUCUGUGGAGAGAGGUCGUUAGAAUACAUGUCUUCCUUCACUAUACAUCCGCUGAAGGAAUAUCACAGAAGGAUCUGAGGGAAUAUACAUACUUUAUCUCAUGGAUCGGUUAUGGUUUCUUGUUUUCCUGGGAGGGUUCGUGAUACCAGGGGUGCAGCGUGUUUGGGGAAUAGAAAUUUUCACUACAAGCGAGGUGGAAGCGGUCAAUGGAACGAGUGUGAAGCUCAAGUGUACAUUCAGCUCCACGCAACCUGUGUCGCUUCAGACAGUUACAAUAACAUGGGACUUCCAGUCCAUCGCUUCAAAACGUACUGAACGUAUAUUUUACUAUCAAGAAGUUGCAUAUCCUUGCAACACAGGGCUCUUCAAAGGGCAUGUGAAGUGGUCCGGAGACAUAAUGAGAAAGGACGCCUCCAUCACUUUGAAUGAUGUUUGCCCUAAGUUUAACGGCACCUACAUCUGUCAGGUGGCAAACCCUCCAGAUAUCCACGGCAGUACUGGAGAAACCAUCCUGAGAGUCAUCAACAAAGAAACUCUCUCUGAGAUCAGCGUCCUGGCGGCCGUUGUCGGAGGCUCCUGCGCCGUCAUCCUGGUCUUUCUUGGCAUCUUCAUUGCUGUGAAGAUGUACCGGAAGCGUAAUAAGGAAAAGGACAUUGAGAUGCGCGUAGAGGAGUACAGGAAAGACACAGCUGUGUGGUGAGGCCCCAGAGACCCGCAGCUCUUGUCAGCCUCCUCUUCUUGGGACUGCGAUGGAGUCAGUGUGACUGCUUGGGUUCAUUUUCCUGAAAAAAAUGAAUGAAAGGCCUUUUUUUUUUUCUGUCAUGGUUGCUUCUCUAGAGCCAGCUUUCAGAUAUUACUUCAGGUUCCUGAGACCACUGUAGUGUUGGAGAUAUAACGUGCUGUGUGUUAUGUUGCUUAAAUUAAAAAUCUGGACAUUUUUAUCUACUUCACAAAAAGUUUCUUUUGAUUUAAAACAUUUAAAAGUUUUUCUGGAGGAUGUAAAUAUGGAUGCAUGUCCUCAUGGUGGAUCUCCACUUUAACCUUUAUUCACAACAGGAGUGCUGACAUACAAAUGGGCCUUUUUAUUUUUUUUAAACUUUCAUAUAUUUGACCUGGGUGUCGUAAUAUGAAAUAUAAAAGAGAUCCAGCUGAGAAGCAAGGGUAUUUUUUUAUUUUUUCACACUUACAAGAUGAUCAAGUUUUUGGGGGCAAUUUCCUUUUCUUGUUUUUUUGCUUUAAUACCCUUAGCGCAUGAUGCUAACAACUUUAUCCUCAUGGGCUAAGGACAUUACUGCAUGGGGCCGUUGCGCUGAUGACCUUUGCUCCACAAUACGUUCCAAUCUUUGAGUUGAGGUGAGGCAUUUCCUAAAUCCACGCUCAUGGGAACAUUGAACAGGUGAUCUUUGUCCAGAGCUACAUUCCUUCUCUGGGCUUGCCUAGCCUCAAGGUAACCACUUUUGGUAUCUCUCCUUUUCUGUUACGGUGGUGAUGGAUAUGCUUUCUGAGGGGUAACAUAUCCCAUGUGCUCAUUUACCGCAUGAUCCACUGUGCACUGAUCGUCCCGUCUCACCAGUUGCUUGCUUGUGUUUUUUUUGUUUUUUGUAAAAAAAAAAUGUAUCUACGGCUGAAUGUAUUUGGUCGUGUGGUUGCACCAGUUCACCUGCAGAGGCAGUUCACCCGACAGCUCUGAAAACAAAGAAGGAAGCUGUCAGUUCAUACGAUUAGGAGUCCGAGCCAAGCAGCAGGGAUGAUGAGGAGGAAGAGGAUCUUGGGGAUGAGGAUGAUGAUGACGACGACGACGACAAUGACGAUCUUGGUGGUGAUGAUGAUGAUGAGGAUUAGAGAAAUUCCUAGUUUGGAAGAAGAAAUCUAAAUAUUUGUGUUGCACAAUUCGCUGAUGGUAUUUUAAGUCAUCUUUGAAGAAGCAUUGAAAAAACGUAAAACAGAACCAGAGAUACUGUCUUCUUAAAUGUUUUCCUUUUCUUUUUUUUCCCUGUGGAAGCACUUAGUUUUGGUGAGCCAGCUUUCCUUCAGCAGAUGGUGCCACCUGCCUCAAACACAAAUAUGGGAUGUAAUAAAGCCUCUGUGAAUUCUGCUUCUUUUAAACUACAUCCUCCUCCAACGUUUUUUGAACCAAGCCUCGAUGACCAAACAAACACGGCAGCUUGACAGGUUCCGACUUGUCACUGUCUGCUUGGAAACUGGAAUAUCAAAUCUUUGUCAGACAGUGUCAGCCCUCUUUGGGCUCCCUGAGCAAUACCAGGUCACGCUAGCAACACUUUUCAGUCUGGACGUUGUUAAUAAAGGAGGAAGACUCGAUCUGGGCUAUUUACAGUUUCACUGAGCUGAACGAUGGCAGGUUUUCAAGGGGAAGUGUAGCUUAUAACAGAGUUGUUUGUGGUUUGUUUAGGAUCAUCAUUUUAAACACAUUGACUGUCGUCUACUGUUACUAAUGCUGACUAUGCUAAUUGCUGAACUAGGAUGUCAAAUCCAUAAUCAUUUUGAUUGUUUCCAAAAACGCUGGCUGUCUUCUUAAGUUGAUGAUGUAAAACAUCCUACACCCCAGAUCAUAAUUACAGACUACUGAGUUUGACAAACAUCUUAAAUACUUUCAUCACAGUUGGAAAAAAAUUCAAAAGAAUUAGAAGUGGCAAAAAUUUUAGAUCAAAUCAGAUCAAAACUUUGAUUGGUGCAUAUCUGUUGCAGACUUCUUCAAGAGCAACAGAAGUCCCAUCCUUUUUUUUUUUUUUCCAAAUAUACAGUACACUAAUACUCGAACGUUUUUAAAAAAGUGCUUAAGAUUUAGGUUUUUUCUUUUAUUAAUGAUCUUCUUUGAUAUUUUAUUGUGUUUGUUCUCUAUUCUAUAAGAGCAGGGUCAUACAAUUGUUUGUGCUAAUUUGACUAGAUGGGAUAAAUUUGUCCUGUACCAGAAUUUUGCAUGGACACGAAUUGUAUUGCAGCAUAAAUUAGGUUUUAUUAUACAUUUUUUAAGGACAUCACCUUUAUAGUUUGACUCCAUACUAGCAAAUCCUUUCACAGUGUUUCUCUAUUUCUGCUGCUGCAACACCGAACACUUAAUAUUCCUAGAUUCUCAUUCUGAGAUGAGUGAUGUAAAUGUUUGGGUCUUUUUUUUGUAUGUUGAUUUAAAAAAAGAUAACAAAAUUUCUCAAUAAAGUUACAUUGAAUUAGCUUUA